GAACUCAGCCACCGGCGUUGUUCCAUUCAAAAUGGCGUCUGUGUUUGCGCGUGCGGUGGAAAUGAAGCUAAACCUCUCUUCGAUGUAGAGCAGAUUAGCACCGAUUACCAGCGAUGGCUUCGGUUUACACCGAAUAUCUCAGUUUUCGCGAUAUGAAUCGGAUAAUUAGUGAAUUGUUUCAUUUAAAGAUUUCUGCAUGUCCGCGUAUAUGGAUGUAAAAUGAUAUCCCGGUGUGUAAACAGAGCAAUAAACCGGUUUAAUCCUCGUAGUCGGAUAGAGGCGAAGCUAAUGUUUUGGAUCUGCACUUCCGGGUUCGGACCGUGAUGGAGAUGGACCGAGAGGACGGUACCGAGUUCGUCCUGUCUUUCGGCGUGGAUGUGAAUGAAAACCGAGCUGAAGGGUGUAAAACACACACACUCCAUCCUGUGGCUCAGACUCAGUGUGCUCACAGGAACACUGGGUUUAAUUCAGGUCCAAAAUGUACUGUUAACUCAGGAGAAAACCGGGUCACUUCUGAAGAACCUGAGAUCAACGGGUUUCCAGAACCUGGUGGUGUGAUUGAGCUGAGUCUGGAACCAAAGGAUGGGGAAUCCAACCCAGACACAUCUGGACACAUCUGGGCAUCAGAUAGAGAAAUCAAUCCCAACCUAACUCAAAACAGAAAUCGUAAUUGUCCUGAUGGUCACCUGACAACAUCUGGACUCAUAAACUCAGCAAACGGAGAAGAAGUGCAUCGUUGGGGGUUCCACGCCAACCCAAGUGUAAGUGAAGGAACAGAAGAUAUUGAGGGAAGCAAUGGCAGUCUGAUCACAUCUGGAGAAACAUCAGAUACUAGAAGAACCCACUCCAGCUGGUUUAUAUCUGACGAAACAGCUAGUGUUCAUGGAAGCAAUGGACCUCUGACUGCAUCUGGAAACAUAAACACAUUAGAUGGAAGAGCUGCAGAUGUUUGGGAAUUCCAUGCCAGUGGUUUUGUGAUUGGAGAAUCCAGUGGCAAUCAGACCACAUCUGCAGAAACAUCAGGUGCCAACAUAAGCUUGGCUGUAACUGGAGAGGCAGCUAGCGUUGGUGAAACCAAUGGCAAUCUGACGACGUGUGGAACCAUAAACACAUCGGAUGGAGAAGAUGCAGAUAUUUGGGAAUUUCAUGCCAGUCCAGUUGUGAUUGGAGAAACUGUUAGUACUGUAGAAACCAGUGGUAAUCAGACAACAUCUGGAGAAAUAACGGAUACCAGAUGGACCAGUGUAAACCCAAAUGCAGAAAGUAUUAGAGGAACCAAUGCUAUUCCUACCACAUCUGGAGCCUGUGCCAGCAUGACUGCAUCUGAAGAAACAACCAACUCCUGGAGAACCAAGAUACACCUGAUUGUAGCUGGAGAAAUGGAAGAUAUCGGAGGAACCGAUGGCGAUUUGACUGCAUCUGGUGAAAGACAUGGUACGGUUGUCACAGAGGAAACCUCACAAACUCCUGAAACCAACACUAGUCCAAGGGUAGCUGAUGAAAUGGUGGAUAUUGGAGGAACCAGUGCUAGUUUGUCCACAUCUGGAGAAACAGCAGGUACCAGGAGAACCGGUGCUAGCCCAGUUGUUGCAGAAGAAAUGUCAGGAACCUGUGAAAACAACACCAGUUUCAGUGUAGCUGGAGAAACUGUGAGUAUUGGAGGAAAUCAUGCCAAUCUAACCUCGUCUGGAGGGACAGCAGGUACUGGGAGAACCAAUCCUGGUCCGGUUGUAGCUGGAAUUCGUAGCAGUCUGACCACAUGCGGAAACGUAAGAACAUUAGAUGUCAAAACAGCGGGUACAGUAACUGGAGAACCCGUGAGCAUGAGGGAAACCGGUGUGAGCCAAGCAGGAGCUGGACCCAUGGACACACUGCCACUUGUGGACAGAGUGUUACAUCGGGAUCAGAUUUCUGGGAAUCCUCAGCUGGGGAAUGAUGCGACCAAAGCCGAGUUUGCCAGCUGGGAAAAUCCAGGUGUCAGGAAGUGUCUGAGUUCCUGCUGCACGGAAUUAGAGAUGAAAAUACUCAAUGGAGAUGUGAACUGUGGCGAAUUUCAGAUUCAACAUGAAGGAACCUUUACAAACGAAGCUCUAGAUAAAGGUGUCAGGGUGGGAAAUUGCGGAUAUUUAGUUAUAAACCGAAGGACCAUUUCGGGAACUUCAUCCAUCCCCGUUUAUUCCGUCAGGGAACCUUGGAACGCCGUAGAACGGCACCAGGAAGUGAGAAGCACCUCAGAUCUUGGACCAGAAACCAUCUCAAAACUUUCUAUAGCUAACGUUAAUGAAGAAGUGAGCACCCAGGAGAUUGAUGUAGACUUCGGCGACGGUGUCGGUGUGGCGAGACCGCGGACUCUGAGGACUAAUCCCGGGCAGGCGGUAUCGCUCAGCUGUGACUCCACCCCCCUGAACGACGAUAACGCUGGUUAUUUCGUAGACGUUGGAGACAUGGAUGUUAUUAUGAACAGCUUGGAGCUCGGCCGUCGACAGAGUGCUCCUGAUAAACUUCAGGAGAGCGAGUGCGUCGAUCCUGAACCUUCAGCCGAGCAGACGGUGAACAAGAGGCACGGUUUCACCGACUUCCUUACGAGAAGUCUGUUUUCCUGGAAGCCCAAAGAGUCGAAGGCCACGGCAGCUGCUUCAGGAUGGAGAUUAUUUGGGAAAAUUUCUCCCAAGGAAAAUUCCGGAGACUCCCGAAUCCCACAGCAGCCUGAGCCAGUGAGACGUAAGAAUCUGGAGUUUGAGCCUCUGUCCACCACGGGGCUCAUUCUGGAAGACAGACCUGCGAACCUGCCGGCCAAGUCAGAGGAAGAAGCUCAGAGACACAGACAGCAGUACAACGAGAUGAUGGCAGGAGCCAAGAGGAGGGAGCUGAAGGAGGCUCAGCGUAAGAAGAAGCAGAUGAAGGAGAGACACCGGCAGGAGGAGAGCAUCGCUCGCGCUGUGGUGGUCUGGAACACGGAGAUCCUGCCCAACUGGGAGAACAUGAGGAACACGCGGCGUGUGCGGGAGUUGUGGUGGCAGGGUCUCCCACCGAGCAUACGCGGCAAAAUCUGGAGCCUCGCCAUCGGAAACGAGCUCAACAUCACCCCCGAACUGUAUGAAAUCUUCCUGUCUCGAGCUAAAGAGAAGUGGCGCAGUUUCAACGAGACGGGUUCGCUCAGUGAGAACGAAGAUUGUGGCGUAGAUAAGGAGUCGAGUUUGGACCUGAUUAAGCUGGACAUUUUCAGGACUUUCCCUUCGCUCUAUAUAUUCCAGAAGGGUGGACCGUAUCACGAUGUUUUGCACAACGUCUUGGGCGCGUACACGUGUUACAGACCUGACGUAGGAUACGUGCAGGGAAUGUCCUUCAUAGCUGCUGUUCUUAUUCUGAACCUCGAGGAAGCCGACGCCUUUAUUGCCUUUGCUAACCUUCUCAACAAACCAUGUCAAAUGGCCUUCUUCAGGGUGGACCACGACCUGAUGCUGAAGUAUUUUGCUGCGUUUGAGGUUUUCUUCGAGGAGAAUCUGCCUAAAUUAUUCCAGCACUUUCACAGCAACAGUCUGACUCCAGACUUUUACCUCAUAGACUGGAUCUUCACGCUGUACAGUAAGCCGUUGCCGCUGGACGUGGCGUGUCGCGUGUGGGAUUUGUUUUGCCGUGACGGAGAGGAAGCUCUGUUCCGCACGGCGCUGGGAAUCCUGCGCCUUUAUCAGGACGUCCUGCUGCAGAUGGACUUCAUCCACAGCGCCCAGUUCCUGUCCCGCCUCCCGCAGAACACCCCGGCACACACACUCUUCACCUGCAUCGCCAACACACACAUGCUCAGCAACAACCGCCGCUGGAACCAGGUUUUUUCAGCUCUGAUGAAAGAUGGACCUAAAGAAGCUGAUAAAACAGGAAGUCCUGCAUUAAGAAGCUAACGGAUGACGAUUUAUGAAGUAUGAGAUUUUGGGAAUAUUUAAACGGAGUGUCGUGUACAGUAUUAACGAGUCGGACUGCAGCGGUUCAGCGACUCGUGGAAGAUUUUGGAAGAAACUCGGCAGCAGAUUCGUCUAACGUAGAGAAGACAUUUCAGUGUCUGUUUGUGUGUGUGUGUGUGUGUGUGAGAGAUGUUUGUGUGAUGUUAUCGUGCCAAAUGUUUGUGACUGUAAAGCAAAUACGUGCUAACGCAAGUGUACGGCCAUGCGAUUCCGAUGAACAGUGAUCGUUGUGACGGAGUGACCGGCGUUCCUGAGUCAUCAAGGGCGGAGCUUAUUGUAAAGUUAAUCAAUCUGAUUAUAUGACAUCAACUCUACAUGUUUUUUUUACUUUUAAAGACAAAAUACUUGUAAAUAAACAGUAUAAUAGCUUAGCGAAUUUACCUAAGCUAGCUAGCUUCCUACACGCAAUACUGAGUUAGCCUAGCUAACAUGAAGAAUACCUCAGUAGCUAGCAGUACCUAUCUUAUAUUUAGCAGCUAGUAAGUUCGCGAGCAAGCUAGCUAACAUUAAGUAUCUGUUGUUGCGAUGUCAUGUGAUCACGUUAAGUUAAGCUCCGCCCUCCUUGAACCAGGAACUCUUGUUAAACAGCAACAUAAGAACCAGAUGGCAAAAAUGUUAAAACAUAAUGUAAACAUUACUUGAAGACAAGCAACAAAAACGACACUUUAUUUUGAUACGAUGUUUCCAAAUUAUAACACGUUAACGAACGUGAGCCGUGUUGUCAAAUAGCGACCAUUUUUUUUUGCUAGCUAUUAAUUUUUUUUUUUUUUUUAGAAUAUCAGGCAACUGGGUUUGAAAAAGCUAAUUUGGACUAGAAACUGAAAGAAAAAUCGUUAAACCUUCAUACGUAAAAAUAUUUUACAGCCAUGAGCAAUGACCAAACGUACGUUCGUAAAUAUAUGUUUAUCGUUAAUGAUUUUUAAAAUUUUUUUUGGCCAACUGUCCUGAAAUUAAUUUCAUUCAGCUUUUAAAAAAUGAAACUAUUUAAGCAAAGAAAAAUAAGAUAUCUGGUAGAUCGAGAAGUAACCGUAUAAUAGCUAACAUCGAAUCAGCUACUUGUAUCCACACAACUGUAAAACACUACACACAUAAACACACACACAGUAGCGCUGAUCAUGGCCUUUAUACUCGGAACUGAUCUGUGAGGCCGAUACACACAAGUGCAAUUCCUUCACACACACACACACACACACACACACACAGACACACACACACACCAGCAGCCUAAGAGCUGAUACACACUAGUGCCAAACCCUAUGUUACACACACACACACACACACACACCUGCAUACACACUCCUUUCUGAAGCUCUUGUAGGUGUUUUUAAAACUUUCUUUUUCUUACAGAAGUCCAGAGAGACCAUGUUUCUGUUCCUUUACGCUUCUGAGCUCUAUAUAAAAAGGUUCUUCAGAGGUUCUUCACCCUUAAAGGUUCUUCAGUUGUCCCUCUGGGGAACCCUUAAAGGUUCUUCAUUCAUCCUUUUGGGGAACCCUUAAAAGUUCUUCAUUCGUCCUUCUGGGGAACUCCUAAAGGGUCUUCAGGUGUCCUUCUGGGGAACCCUUAAAGGUUCUUCAUUCGUCCUUCUGGGGAACCCCUAAAGGUUCUUCAUUCGUCCUUCUGGGGAACCCCUAAAGGUUCUUCAGUUGUCCCUCUGGGGAACUCUUAAAGGUUCUUAGGCAGGUCCCGGAUGGUUGGUUUAGUGACAAAAUGUUCCAGACUUUAUAGCUAACGUAAGUCUGUAAAUCUGUAAGUCUACACUCUUAGUUAUCUGGGAGAAGAUUCUUUGUAGAACUUUACAACAAAUCAUCUCCAAUUAGAACCUUUUUUCCUAAGCUUUCAAAAAAAAAUCCUUGAAGAACCUUUGUUCUAAGAGAGUGUGUAUUACGUGAAUAGGUGUGUGAUACAAAACUCCAAAUUAUUCUCAUUAUUUUCUUCUUAUUAAUAUUUAGAACCUUAUCAUAUAACUUCUUGUUAAAUAGUACACUCUUAGAACAAGGGUUCUUCAAGGGUUCUUUAGGGGUUCAUUGGAUAGGUAAGGGUUAUUAGCUUGCUUGGAAUCUUCUCUGAUAGAAAAAUAUAAAAUAUAAAUUUAAAAAAACCCAUAAGGUUCUAUAUUUAAAGGUUCAUCAAGGGUUCCUGGCCUUCUAACAUGGUUCUGCUUGAAACACCUUCUGCUAUUCACUGUGCUGUAGGGUUCUAUGGAGGUUCCAAGUAGAUCCCUUUUAGAUGGCUAAGAAAAUGUUUAUUUUAGAGGUUUUUCUAAUAAGUAUGAGUUCUUAGCAUUCUAAAAGGGUUCUACUUGGAACCUUCUCUGAUAGUGAAUCAGUUGUAGGGUUCUACAACCGUUAUUUAAUGGUUCAUUGGAUAAUCAGGAGUUCUUGACUUCCUGUGAAGGUUCUACUUUCUGAUAAAUUCUCAGUUGUAGGAUUCUAUGUGGUUUUAGGGUUCUUGGCUCUCUACAAUGGUUCUACUUGGAACCUUCUCCUAUAAGGACAUUAAGGAAGUCUUCUGCUGGAUUACUAAGGGUUCUGCGUGAAACCUUUUCUGAUAAACACUAAGUUAUAAGUUGCUUUGUAUCAAGUAAGGGGUGUUAACUCACUAAAAGGGCUCUCUCUGGAACCUUCUCUGACGGGGAAACAGUUAUAGGGUUCUGCAUUAUCCAAGGGCUCAUUUGAUAGUUAUUAUCUUCCAAAUAAUGGUUCUACUUUCUCAUAAACACUAAUUUCUAGGGUUCUACAUUAUUUAAGCUUCUUUGUUAUAUAUAAACAUUCCUAGCUUUCUAAAAGGGUUCUAUCCAGAACUUUCCCUAAUAGGAAAACCCUUUAUGAUAGAAGGUGAACUGAAGAACGUUCAGGGUUCUAAAUAUUCUUUUUAAAAAAAUUUUGAUUUCUUGAAUGUUUAAUCAAUAAACAUAUCCAAGAUCCACCCACUUUCAGAGAAUGAAGCCGUUUGAUUGACAUGGCAGGCGACCAAUCACAGCCUUUUCCUCAGCCAUGAGAGAUUUUUUUGUUUGUUUACUCACCACUAUCUGCCUUUAAAACUGUUUUUAGAGAUCAGCUUCCUUUUGGUUCUUCCUCUGAAACGUAAGAAAGUGUAAGAAACCUGUGCACAGAGAGCCAAUCAGAAUGCAACCUUGAUGAUCCUGAAUCUUGUGGCCAGAAAAGCGUAUAAAAGGCAUCACAUGCUCUGUAUCCUGCUAGUUUAGCUAUUUUUAUUUAGCUACUGCAGUCUAGCAUUAGCUUGCUAUAUUUAGUACUUUAUUUUCUGAACGAUUUACUUUUGAAUGAGCUUUCCAAUUCCACGUUUCCGAUGUUCUUCAUGUUUAAAACAUUUUGUUGAUUUUGUUGAUCUGAGAUACGGUAAUAAUAAUAAUAAGUUUUUUGUUGAUCUGAGAUACGGUAAUAAUAAUAAUAAUGUGGUCUCUCUGGAUCUUCAUAUCAUUCUGAAUUUUUGUUAACGUUUUUGUGAGAACCAUGGCGAUGCAAAAGUUUUCACUCCCUUCCAUCAUGAAUGUUCUAGCAGGAAGAACCCAGUAGUUUUUUGAUUGCUGGAGCUCCAGAGCUUUAAAAACACACUUCCUGUUUCAGAGUUUGUUAUAUUUUUUAAACACUAAAAGCGUCUUUGAAGGCCUGAUUGAUGUUUUAUAUGAAAUCGUUUGACCAAAUAAUUUUCUUAAACUACUGACUCAUGACGUUCUGGAGUCACGUAACACACUAAACAGAUCACGUGGAGCCGCUUUAACAUCAUCAUCACCAUCAUCAUCAUCAUCAUCACCUCCCGUUCUGUCAGAAACAAUAACCUGAUUCUUUUCAUCUAAAACGUCAACAGUUAAAGAAGUACAGUGAUGUAACUAACUUGCUUUUUAUUUCCUUUUUAAAUUUGAACUCAUUAUUGUACAGGUUUUUUUACAUGCUCUGAGUGUUGUAUAUAAACUGUGAAAUGAUUUCUCUAGAUUAGAAAUGUAAAUAUAAAUUAAUAACAUUCCCAA